CCUCAGCUUUCGUCCAUUACCUCAACAUUGCGUAGUGAAGUGGAUGUUUUGCUGUAAAAAAAAUAACAACAACUUGCGUCUCGAAGGGACUUUCAAAACAUGGCUUUCCGAACAAAUGGGACUCAUGGCGACCUAGCGGAGGACCGAGGGUCGCGUUAAGCGGAGGAUUGGACUCGUCUUCACGUAUUCCUCCGCAUGUCCUAUUUCUUCGUAGAUGGUCUCCGGAGAGCGUUGUUUGUUGGCGGCCGACAAGUUGUCGACGAGUAACAUGAAGGAGAUGAUUGGAGGCUGUUGUGUUUGCUCCGACGAGAGAGGCUGGGCCGAGAAUCCCCUGGUUUACUGCGAUGGACACGGCUGUAACGUUGCCGUUCACCAAGCCUGCUAUGGUAUUGUACAGGUGCCCACUGGCCCGUGGUUCUGCAGAAAGUGUGAAUCCCAGGAACGAGCGGCCCGUGUGAGAUGUGAGCUGUGUCCCCACAAAGAUGGUGCCCUGAAGAGAACGGAUAAUGGAGGCUGGGCUCAUGUGGUGUGUGCCCUUUACAUACCCGAGGUAGAGUUUGCAAAUGUCUCAACGAUGGAACCUAUCGUGCUCCAGUCUGUACCCAAUGAUCGCUAUAACAAGACCUGCUACAUUUGUGAGGACCAGGGCAGAGAGAGUAAAGCGGCAUGCGGCGCGUGUAUGACCUGUAACAAACACGGCUGCAGGCAGGCCUUCCAUGUCACAUGUGCCCAGUUUGCAGGGUUGCUGUGUGAGGAGCAAGGGUCGGACGCAGACAACGUCAAGUACUGUGGUUACUGCAAAUAUCACCACAGCAAAUUGCGAAGGAGCAGGGGCAGCGGUAGUAGAUCUCAAAGCUUAAGUGACUCUUCUUCCUCUCAAUGUAUGGAUAGACCCCCAGACCAGGACCAGCAGAAACACAAAGAGCGGGACAGACACAAACCCAAACACAAGAAGACCUCCAUGGACAUGUCCCCCUCCCUUGUUCUUCCAAACAUCAUGAUCCCAGAGAAGCCCUACAGCAGUAGCGGUUCAGUAGGAGGGGGCGUCCCGCUACCAGCAGCCUUGCAGAAGCGACUAGAUGAAGGUAGCGCUCGUUUCACCAACGCCAACUUUCAGGAAGUGUCGUCCACUCACUCCGUCGGGAGUUCCAAGGACUGUCUGGCUGCGGACCCUGGGAAGGUGCCGUCCGACAUGAAGAGCAAGAAGAACGCCAGCGGAAGUCAUACAGUGGGACAGAGGGGUGGGCGGAAGUCGCUCACCUCCUCAGGGAAAGCCCUCCCUUCCGCCGUAGUAACCAUGGCAACCUCCUCCACAUCUGCCUCUGUGUCCAGUGGGCCUUUCCACCAAGGGCUGCUGUUGACAAGUGCCAGCAAGGCGCCCUCUGCCCCCUCCUCCUCUGACUUUUUGAGCUUCUCCGACGCCUCCCUGCGCCCGGGAGGCGGGACUACCUUCUCCUCUCCGCCAUCUUUCAGCAGCUGCCUUGUGAAGCCCAGCUCGGAGGGCGGCGCUUCAGAGGGAACGACAACCCUGUUUGGUUCGCUCGCAACUACCACCGUGGCAGUGGGCGGAAAGCUGUAUGAGAAUUCCCACAGUCUGUCAGCCAGCGAGACGACAAGCCUCAGUGGGUCCGCUGCCUACAAACGGCCCCAGCCCUCCAGCACCGGACCGGGGAUCACCGGGGCGGCCGUAGGCGGGUUGGGAGGGGAGGAUGGCGUAAAGAAAAAAAAGAAAGGCAACUGGCGCAACAGAUUUGGACCUUGCUUCACCACAGACGUCAAGCCGUCAGAGUCUGCCCCCUCCCUAACUCUCCCCAUCUCCUCCACUGGCAACACUUCGUCCUCCGCUGCCUCCCCUUCCUCGUCCUCAGCGCUCUCUGGUCGGCCCGGCUUAGUUUCAAGUGGUGGCUUAGGAGUGGGAGGAGGUGCGGACAGGGCUCUUGGGGUCAUAGGUGUCGGCGGCGGGAUUCAGAAGUCCCCCUCACUACUCAGGAAUGGGUGUCUACAAAGUAACAGCGGGUCAGGUGUUUUCUCUGGUGUUGAUGCGUCGUCGGGGCCAGGAACUAUCACCAUGGGCGGAGUUACCGCUGAGCACCCGCAACCCACGCCGUCCUUGGCCCCUCCCUCUCCGUUCACUGCCACCGCACCGCUGACCAGCAUGGCGGCCACACACGUGAGCGGCCUUCCUGGGUCCGUCUUCAACAUGGCGCCCUCCCACAUGUUCGGCAACCGGCUGAACCCCAACUCGGCCAUGGCGGCGCUCAUCGCCCAGUCGGAGGCCUCGCCUGCAGAUCAAGAGGCUGGAGACGGCAGCGUUGGUGUGCAGGGCUUCUCCAUAAGGGCUUCUCCCAAGACCACCCCGCACUCGCCUAUUGGUGGCCUGCAGAUACGCUACGACCCGUUAGGGUCGUUGCCGGGACCAGGGCUCGGGUUGCUAGGGGCGGGCGGAGGAGGAGGCAGCGGCGAGGCGCUGCCCCCGGUGGCCACUACCAUUGAGCAGCUCCUGGAGAGGCAGUGGAAUGAAGGGCAGAGCUUCCUUCUGCAGCAGGGCGCGCAAGGAGACGUGGUGGCCAUGCUGAAGUCCCUCCAUCAGCUGCAGCAGGAGAAUAGGAAGCUGGAGGAGCAGAUUAAAACACUCACCAUGAAGAAGGAGAGACUGCAGCUUCUCAGUGCUCAGCUAUCAGUGCCUUUCACGCCCGCAUCAGCGUCCUCUGAUGUAAAGGGAGGAGUCACUGACUCAUCAUUACCUGUGGCAGCUCAGGACAGUGCGUCAUCCGGUGGCCACAGCAGUAGCGGCUCCACCUCCUCCCUGUCCACCCCCCCUUCACUUUCCCAGAGCCCGCCACAGCCGCAGCUGAACGGCAUCAGUGCCCCUGGGGCGACCCCAGUGUCGGGCCUGAUGGGCACGUUCGGGGCUGGGAGCGCACUCGGCAUGGGGGGCGUCACUCUGAACGGCGUGAUUCAGACGUCGGCAGGGAGCCCGCAUGCCAUCACAACCAUCACGCUGCCCGGCAACAACAGCUCUGCAACGAGUAAGAACAGCGCUGCACGGCUCGCCCUGUCUGACACGCAGCGGCUUCUCAUCCAGCAGCAUCAACUCCAGCAGAUGCUCUCAUCCCAGCCCUCAGCGCAGCUCUAGCAACAUCAGGAUCAGCCACAUUUCCUCAGCAGCCCGUCUACCGCCAUGGCAUCUAGUGCACUUACACGUUCCCCCUCAGGGCUGACUGAGAGGAACGCUUUGCAGAAGACAUGAAGUUCCAAGUAAAAUUCAUUAUUACAACGAAAAGUAGCAAAGCUUCAUUUUCUAUUUUGAAUUGUUUUUUUUAAUUAUUAUUUAUUUUCAUUUUUGUGCUGCUUUCAAAUCUGCUGUGAUGCCACUUUUAUUAUUUUCAUACUGAUUUAUUUUCGUUUUCCCCCCCUCUCCUCUUCACACUCUCCAACCCCGACCUUGUCUUUCUGCUGUGUCGCACUCUCAGGGGGCCUCUGUGCACAUGUUAGCACACGCGCUAGACUGCAAACAAAAGACUAUGGAAAAAAAGACAAUAAUUUCCUUUCCACAAAAGCAGUUGCGUGUGUCUGUCUUAGCUUCUGACUCUCUGGGCCAGCCCCUUUUGCUGUACCUACCUCUUUUUGACACACAGGACCUAAAUGGCUGACAGCAGCAGCCAAUUAAAAACAAAGAAACAAACAAAAAAAAAACGGCCGAUCAGGGUCCACGCCCAAGUGCCUGAGGCCAAACUUUAAUUUUUGUGUACUUUUGUCCCCUCACUCAUACCUUUCUGCUGCUAGUUGCUGAGGCAGCAGCUAACAAAACACUCUGUUUUGUCAAUGAUAACCAGGAAAUCUUAUUGUGCUGUAUUCUCAAAUAUCAAAGGCAAUUUUCCUAUUGUGCUUUUUAUUUAUUUGUUUAUGUCACGGCUGCAAGAUGAUGCAUCUUCCCAGCCUUCCGAUGUUGUUUAACAUCCCCUUGUACUACUGUGUAAAGUUUGCUUUCAUUUGAUUUUUUUUUUUCUCCUUCCAAUAAGCUCUUGACUUCUCUUCUGUGUGUUAAAAGUGGAUCAUUGAUGAUGGGAUUGGUGUCACUGCACCUGUUUUUUACCUCGUUAAAUGUAAAUAGAUCUUUCUCAUUGGCCGUCAAUGUACAUAAGUGAUCGUGUUUGUGCAAAGGAACGCCAAUGUUUGUAUGUGUGAAUUUUUCUUAGGACCAGACAUUAAGGUCGGAGGUGACUGGACACAAAAAGUAUUAAUUUAUUUUUAUAUGUGCAGGGACAUUUUUUUUCUUGACAUUUUAUACUCCUGGGCACCGUGUUUUCAUCUGUGCACUUUUUCUUUUUCUUUUUUGUUUGCUUUGGAUCAGCUUUGUACAAGUGAAAAAAAUAAGUGGUGGGUGGGAUGACAUUGAAUUUCAGAUCACAAAUUAAAGAAACACUCUGGAUUAAUUAA